CCAUAAUGUUCUCCUAUCCACACAGUCAAACGCCCUGUCAUAAUCAAGGGAGUUGGUGUAUGGUGAGUAGUUCCAUACGCAUUUAACUUCUCCAGAGUCACUACCUGUACAAAACUCGCACAGAGCGGGGGUUUGUUGUGAGGUAGGCAACCUCAUCCCUUAGAUAACAGUCUUGCUAUAAAUAUACCAACUAGUGUUUUCCUGUAGGAUAAGAAACAUCAAGGAUCAAUUUGGAAAUGAUAUUUUAACUAAAAUUAAUUUUUAAAGAGUCUAAAGUCUGUUACUAGAUACGGAAAGCUACUUCUCUUCCGUCCAUAACCAUUUGAAACAUUUGAACUAUUUACCGAGCUCAACUGGCGCGGCGAGUUUGCAGUUAGUUGAUACGAGAUGCCCCCAAAGAAAAAUGAACCUUCUAAAAAGAAUGUGGACAAACAGAAGCAGAAAAUCGUUGAAGACAAAACUUUUGGAAUGAAAAAUAAAAAAGGGGCUAAGCAACAAAAGUUCAUCCAACAAGUACAAAAACAAGUUACCCAAGGUAACAGGUCGGCUAAAGAGUUGGAGCGUGAAAAACAAUCGAAGGAAGACAAGAAAAAAGAGAAGGUCGAACUUAAUGAAUUGUUCAAACCUGUGUUAGAAUUACAAAAGUGUGCGAAAGGAGUUGAUCCAAAGUCAGUUCUGUGCGUCUUCUUCAAACAGGGUUUGUGUGCCAAAGGUGACAAGUGCAAAUUCUCCCAUGACUUGACUGUUGAACGGAAGGCUGAAAAGCGUGGGAUUUAUUCAGAUUCUGAUAAAACGGACGGUACUAUGGAUGACUGGGACAUAAAUAAAUUAGAAGAAGUUAUUAGCAAAAAGCACGAUGCGGAUAACAAAGGGUUGCCACCGAGUACUAUAGUAUGUAAGUACUUCAUUGAAGCAGUGGAAAAUUUCAAGUAUGGGUGGUUUUGGGAGUGCCCGAAUGGAAAGACAUGUCACUACAGACAUGCCUUGCCUUCUGGUUUUAUCUUACAACGAGAUAAGAAGAAAAUGGAAGAACAGAAGGAGAUAAUAUCCAUAGAGGAUUUAGUUGAACGAGAGAGGCAAGCCCUUGGACUUAAUCAAACCAGAGUUACGUUACAUACAUUUAUGGAAUGGAAGAAACGAAAGAGGCUUGAGAAAAUCGAGAAGCGAUAUGCCGAUAAAGCGAUGCGAGAAGCUAGUUAUAAACAAGGCCGUUCCGCAGGGAUAAGUGGUCGGGAGAUUUUUGAGUUUGACCCAGCAUUGGUUAUGGAGGCGCUGGAUGAUGACGAGACAUCUGGAGUUGUUGACUCUAGAAUUCGUGAUGAUGGAGAAAAUGAAUAUGAUGGUCCUGUCAGGGAUAUUGACUUGAAUAUGUUUGCGAUCGAAGUACUUGAUUGUGAAGACAACGAUAAUAGAACUGAAUUAACAGGGGAUUGUGCUAUACCGGGAGUUAGCGAAAUUCACGAAAAUGGAUAUAAUAAUGAUGAUGUGGUGAUCGAUGAAGAACUGUUUGAUGAAACAGAUCUGGCUGACAUUGAAGCCGAGAUAAACGAAUUGGAAUUGGAAGCCUAAUUUUAUCUGGCUAUAUAUGUGGUUAGUUUCGUGACAGUGAUGCUGUUGUUCGUGAUUAUGAGUGAUUACAUAUGAGUCAACAAAACUGUCCUCAUCUUAAAUUGUAUUUCUUAUUUCAGUUUUUGUACAAAGAUGCUUCUUUCCCAUUAUAUUUUGCCUAUCUAAUUUUAUACUGAGUAAAUGUGAGUACGAUCUGAACUAUCUGAUUUCUUUCGUACACAUUCAACAGAAUUUCAUGUGGCUUUUUCCGUAACACUUAGGCGUCGUCUUUUUCGUGUUAGUAAUAUAUAUCCAUAAAGAUUCCAUACAAGGAUAUAAUACAGGAAGAAAGAAUUAUUUCGUAGAAAGAGAGGUAUAAAGUAAUUUUAAUCUCACCGACACCAUUGUGAUCGAUUUUGAGCCAUGUCACCCAAAGUCUCAAAUCAUUGGUUAUGAUAGUCGCGCAGACCCCAACCAAAUAGCUUGUAUCUGCCAACAUGGUUCAGACCAGAAGUUAGUGACUUCAAGGACUGAUGCAACGUUUUGUUUUGGCCACACCUAACUUUCUUCCAACCGUCUCCAGCAUUAGUCAACAUUGUGCGUCGUAGUAAUCAGUGUUCAGGCAUAAGCAACACUUGGCCCAACCAUCUCAGUCGAUGAAGAUUUACAACCUUAUCGACUGAUUUAUCAUCAUUCCCUAAUACCUUGCGUAUAACCUCACUAUUAUUUAUUUAUUUGGACACAUGAAUAUUGGUACAAGAGGGCACCAAAUACAUACGCGCCACACAAAACAAUGACAAUUCGAGGAGAAAAAAAGAACAAUAACGAACAGAUUAGUGUAAGGUAGUGUAAUAGUAAUAAUAAUAAUAAUAGUG